AUGCGUCUUUGUUGCAUGCAUGCACCUGUGCUCGUGAUUCCUCUUCUCCCUCAGCUGGAGUGGCACGACAUCAAGGAGGGCGCUGCUGUGGCACGUGCGGAUGCUGAAGUCGUGGUGGAGGGUCAUGGCUACUCACCCACCACUUACCAUGUGCAUGUGCUGCUGGUUCCCUCCCGCGCCACUUUCUGGUGGUGGGCCAUAAUCGUCCUCAUAGUGCUCAUCUUUCUGGCCGUGGCGCUGCUCUUCGUGCUCGUCACGCCAGAGGCAAGCAGGCCCACUUGGGUGCAGAGCGGCAUCCACUGGAUACAGAGCAACACCCAAUGGCUACAGCAGCAUGCGCGUGGUGGCGGUGGCUAUGCUCCGCUUCCCUCUGCCUAG